AUGCUCAAGCAUACCCGGAUCCAUUUGUAUCGGAACAUCCUUCAGCUCAAAGAGGCAAUCCUCCGCGAGACCUGCGUGGUUUGCGGCGAAUCGUCUGUUCACCUCUACCUUCCCACCAUGGAGCGUAUCUGCCACCCAUGCGUGCACGACAACCACGCAUACUGGUAUCUCCCCGUUGAACUGGCAGCUAUCAUCUUUGGUCUCGACAUACCCGAUCUCAUUCACCCCCAAACUUUGUUUCUUCCACAGCUGAGUAAGAUUGACUUUUACUACACGGACCUUGGAGCCUGGGUUGUGCCUAUCAAGCUGGCGCUGACCGAAGCCCUGGAGAAGUAUGGUAACUGUGAGGGCAUCAAGCGAGCUUCGGAGGGUAAAUCGCCACUUGCUGUAGUCGAAACGUUCGCGAACCCCGAUGACGUGGAAUUCGAGGUUGAAACCCAGCAUGACAUCUAUCGCGCCACCAAGCUCGACUCGCCGACCCCUGUCCGAAUGCGUUUGCUCGUGUCGUUGGGAAACUGCCACCGAACCGCUUACCACCAUGAAGUCUCCUGCCUAGUCCCCGUAAUCAACCGGGACAACACGCGCCAAACCCAUUACUCCUGCCGUGGGUGCACUGCCAUGCACACGUACAACAAGGGUGAACGAAUCUCCGACAUCAAUAUGCGGCUGAUGCGAUUUGAUCCCGCCCUCGUCAAAUAUGAACGCUCGUUUGAAAUCUUCCGUCGCGCCUUUCGUGUGUGGACUGAGGCGGAUUUGAUUAAGCAUAUUCGAGCCGAAUGCAUUGCGGGUUGGAUCUUGAUGUAUUUUGAGGGUCAGAAAAUGUGGCCCUGA